AAAUUCCCAACCGAUUCAAUUAUCCAGCCUACUUACAAGUACUCGGCGGUAGUAAAACCGUACAAUAUUCGUCGAAAUUUUCCUUCCGUUGUUGUUCGCUCCAUCAGGCUCUGGUGACCACCGAGAAGACCGAACGAGUGUCUGAAACACUUAUCACUGCGUUGCCUUCUAGAUUCAUCCAGCGUGCAGUCAGUAGUGGUUAAACCAUUCGUUACAGGCACGUCUUGUGAGAAGGAAGUGCUGCGGCUCGGCAAGAAUGGAGAAAUGGCGGCAGCAAAGGCUGGGUUGCUACGUUUUCUGCGCGGUCUUCAUGCUGUGCACCUUUGCCCUAGCUGCGGAGGACUACCAGAACUGCACCACGAGUGACUCCAAGCCAGGCAUCUGCGUCUAUCAGUAUCAGUGCAUCAAAGGAGUCCUCGGUGCUUACGGUGAAAACAUCAUCGAUGUGCGAUUCUUCGAUGACUGCAAUGAUUACCUCAUGAAGUGCUGCAGUGAACCGGAUGACGAUGAGCCGGAAACGACGACGGUCCCUCUGACGCAGGAGCCGCUGCCCCCCACGGGUGGAAGUGACCGUGAAAAAGGGAACCGUCCCGGUGUGAUAGUGCCACCGUACGUCCCGCAGGAUUGUGGGCAGCGGAAUCCACGGGGUGUUGUAUUUCGAAUCCAGAACGAUGAAUUUAGUGAGACCGAGUACGGCGAGUAUCCGUGGGUGGUGGCCAUCUUUCGCCGAGUGAACGGAUCCUCGCUCCAGUAUCUGUGCGGUGGAGCAUUGCUUGAUGGAGCGGCGGUCCUCACGACGAGCACCUGUCUUUACAAGUACCGCAACAACCCUGCCCAGCUGGUGGUCCGGCUGGGUGAGUGGGACAUGAGCACGUCCCGCGAACCGAUACCGCACGUGGACAGCGAUGCCCAGACAGUGCACAUCCACCCCCAGUACAGGGCGACGAGCAAGAUCAACGACAUCGCCAUCGUCAUUCUGACCGAUACGGUGGAGUUCAAUCACACGGUCGGCGCGGUGUGUCUACCGCCGCCAACUAGCGAGCAGUGGCCGGACGCUAGGGACGUCACCGGUGUUGGCUGGGGUGACGUACCCAAGUUUGUCCAAAAGCAGCCCCAGACCAUUCUGAAGAAGGCUCAACUGGCGUCCUUAGACCACGAGUCCUGCCAGCGGAAGCUGCGCAAGCUGGUGGGGCCAAAGUUCACGCUGCACCCAAGCUUUCGGUGUGCCGAGGGUACACCGCCGGAGAUGUUACCGUGCAACGGGGACAACGGAUCGCCGUACAUGGCGGAGAUCGAACGGGGCAGCGAGCGGUACUAUCUGGUGGGGCUCAUCUCGUGGGGCUUCGACUGCAACCACCCGAACGCACCGGCCGUGAUGACCAAUGUGGCGUACAAUCGAGCGUGGAUCGAUGAGGUGAUACGAAGCGAGCAUCUCAGCCCGUGGAGCUACACCUAUCAACGGACGGAGGAGUUCGGACUGAACAGCGCGCUGGAUACGGUCGGUUUAAGCACCAGCGUACUGUUGCUUCCAGCAUCGGGCGAAGGUGAUGCGGCCAUUGUUGAUGGGGAUUCCGGUGGCGACGACGAUGGUGGCAUGGUUCCACCGGACGUUAGUAAUGGUUCGCCCGAGCGGACCUCAUUCUCGCUUCAACCGCUUGACCAGUUCGUGCUCGGAAUGCGUACUCCGCGGACGGUGACAUUGGCAGUGACGCUGCUGGGGGUUUCUAUACUGCUCGGCUUCACCCCGGCAGCGGCGGACGAGCUCAGUUUGGACGAUCUGAUCAACAAUGUGUUUACGACGGCCCCACCGGGAAAGGGGGCUCCGCCGGCAACUCCGGCCCCUCCACCACCGCCACCGGUACCGCCGGUAGGCCAGAAGGGUGGACCGUGCGGUGGUGAGGCGGUGUGCAUUCAGAAGUUCCUCUGCUCGAACGCCAGCACCUCGGGCGAAGGGCUCAUCGAUAUUCGCUUCUCGGACGACAACCCGUGCGUGGACUAUCUGCUGCAGUGCUGCUACGAGGAUGACAUUAUCCAGCCACCGGGUGGUGAGGGUAUCGGCGGGGGUGGAGGCGGUGGUGGAAUCGGUGGUGGAGGCGGCAGUGAUGGUGGCCGACCCCCAGUCGGGCCUCCCGUAGGACCUCCGACGGACGGAUCUGGUGGACCGGUGCCCCGGGAACUACACUGUGGUUUGCGUAACGUGGACGGUAUCGGGUUCCGGAUCACCGGCUCGAAGGACAACGAAGCGGAGUACGGUGAGUUCCCGUGGAUGAUGGCGAUCCUGAAGUCGGAGGAAGUGUUGGGGCAGCUGCGCGAGAACGUGUACCAGUGCGGCGGUUCCCUGAUUCACGAGCAGGUCGUCCUGACCGGGGCUCACUGCGUCCAGAACAAGCAACCGUCGGAGCUGAAGGUCCGCGCCGGCGAAUGGGACACGCAGACGAAGAACGAGAUCUACCCGCACCAGGACCGCUCGGUGGUGGAGGUGAUCGUCCACCCGGAGUUCUACAAGGGCGGCCUGUACAAUGACGUGGCGCUGCUGUUCCUCGACUCACCGUUCAAGACGAACGAGGCCAUCCAGCCGGUCUGCCUGCCGCCGCAGGACAUGGCGUUCGAUCACCAGACGUGCUUCGCUUCCGGCUGGGGCAAGGAUGUGUUCGGGAAGGCCGGCUCCUACCAGGUGAUUCUGAAGAAGAUCGAUCUUCCGGUCGUACCGAACGAUCAGUGCCAGUCGGCCCUUCGCACGACCCGGCUCGGGGCCAAGUUUAACCUGCACAAGAGCUUCAUGUGCGCGGGCGGUAUCCCCGGCAAGGACACGUGCAAGGGUGACGGUGGCUCCCCGCUAGUGUGCCCGAUCCCGAACCAGCAGCACCACUACUACCAGAGCGGACUGGUGGCGUGGGGCAUCGGGUGCGGCGAGAACGGAAAGCCGGGCGUGUACGCCAAUGUGGCCAAGUUCCGCGGAUGGAUCGACCAGCACAUGAACCAGCGCAACUUUGGCACCGCCAGCUACACUUUUUAGUCAGCGCGCUGGGGGGCGCAUCCCAAUCCGACCCGGCCCAUCCCGGGAGAUGUUAUCAAUUCUCACAGAACUGUAGGCAAUAAAAUGACACGCGAAACUGA